GGCAGCCUCCGUGACGUUCCCGGCGGCUACCGGCAUCAUGCAAGAAAAUGCCUCAGUCGAGCAAGAACAAGACGCAAAUUUGGCAUUAACUGAUCUUGAUAGGGGUCUUCAUUCUGCCAAGCCUGGAGUCCAGUGUGAAUCAGUGAUCCGUUUCCCUAGACUAUUUGAGAAAUACCCAUUCCCAAUCCUUAUCAACACAGCCUUUCUCAGACUAUCUGAUGUUUUCAGAGCUGGAAAUAACUUCCUGCGAUGGUGUAUUCUAAGAGUAACACUACAGAGUGAAAAGCAUCUCGACAAAAUCCUCAAUGUUGACGAGUUUGUGCGGAGGAUAUUUUCUGUUAUACACAGUAAUGAUCCAGUGGCCAGGGCCCUCACCCUCAGAACUUUGGGAAGCAUGGCAAGUGUGAUACCGGAGCGUAAGACCGUUCACCACACCAUCGUCACUGGCCUCGACUCCAAUGAUCGCCUUGAGGUUGAUGCUGCUGUAUUUGCAGCGAAGCGAUUUGCGGCCCAGUCACGCACAUUUGCAGCCAACAUUUGCAGUAAGAUAGCCACCAUGAUAGAAAAAAUAGCCACCCCAGUGGACCUGAAACUUCGACUGAUCCCUAUUCUUCAGCACAUGCACCAUGACGUGGACACUGCAGCAAAGGCCAGGGGAGUGUGCCAGGAUCUACUCUCCAGUUUUCCUGCUCAGAACUUUAUGACCUUGACCUUGCACACAAUGACACAGCUAGCUGCUCAGUCAUUGGUGGAUAUCCAGUCACAUGUACAGUUGCUGAUGUCAUGCCUCAGAAAAGAUCCAAGGACUGUGGUGAAGUUUGUGAUCCUGAGAGACAUGAAUAGUCUGGCAAGAAAGACGCCCCAUUUGUGGACAAAUACAUCAGUUGAGGCCUUGUGUGAGUUUGUGCUGACUGCAGAAUCCCUGGCCCUGAAGACCGCAGGCCUGGACGUCCUGUCCACAUUAUCAGGUUCUGUGGCUUUCCAACUCUACAUGCAGAAGGAUGUGUCAGAGAAACAAAUGACGACCAUACUAGAAGUCUGUAAUCUGUGUUACCUCUGUGACAAUGCCAGUCUCUCCGCGACCGCCACACAUUUCUUCACAAACGUCGCCAUCUGUCACAAAAAAAGUAACUGUCCUGUAUGGAAUCCUGAACAGGACAUUGUGGCUGGUGCACGCCUCUCUCUCACUACUCAGAUCUGUCUGUCAGCCUGGAGUGCUGAUUCACAAGACCAAGCUGCUCUUAAGGUUUGUCUCCACUGUGCCGUCCGGCUGUCAGAGGUGUACCCUGAGACUGGCUCGUUCUUCGCAGCAGAAAUAGUGCAGCUCCUCGAAAUGGCCAAUGAUAAGAACUGCCUGAUGCUUUGUGAAUGUCUGGCGGCCAUUGGAGAACAGAACAGUGAAGUUAUUAUGGACAUCGUACCACAACUUUUGUCCAUUUUCCAGAAUCUCGGCCAACAACCAAAAGUGUCGGGUCAACUCAAAACUUAUAUUGGCACAUUGCUGUUCCAAGCUGCAGACGGCAAGCCAAUCCCAACAAAUGUAAGAGAGCUUGUGAUUGGCUGUAUGGAAUCCUCCACCAGUCCAUGGUUUGCUUACAAACUUGGUCGCCAGGCCAUGAGGUAUGGCCAGUACCAUGUGGCUACAGACCUGUUCAGCAUGUUGUCCCAGAGGGUAGCAUCAGAGCAUUUUCACUUUUGGAUGCUGGGAUUACAUGAGAUCUGUAAUGCUGAAGCUCACCUCUACGAUGUUGGCACAGGAAGUGAUGUCAUGAGGAUAGACGAUACCAUGAUGCAUUACCAGAAGGGAUUAGCUGCUCUCAAAGCCGCAGCGACUCCCAACUCCCCGCUCCAGUUCCAGUGCUGGUAUGUACGCCUGAGGACAGAACUUCUCCAGGUCCACUGCCAGCUUGUGCGAAACUGUAACACAUUUCGUACCUGUCCUCCUCCGGCGAUUUCCACUGCACUCGCCAUGUCGCGUGGCCGUGAAAUCUCUCGCUGUGGCCAGAUCCUGUCUCAGCUCAACAAGAGUAUGAACGACUAUGAGAGCCUGAGCACCAAGUUUUCUGCCCUGUACCAGUCCUCGUUCGAUGCUGACCCAAAUACUCUGAGGAACAUAAUUUUACUUCAGCAGUGUUGCGAGGUGAUGAAAUCGGCCAUAUUGUCUGUUGUCAAACCGGAUUCUCCAGGGUGCCAGCAGCAGAUUUGGAUGCCGACAACUUCAUGCCACAAGGAUCCGCUCAGUAAGGCAGUGCAACAGGUACAGAUGGACAUAGACAGUUCCCUACAGGCAGACCAUGGCCAGGCUCUCACACAUAAGCACAUCGACCUCUUACUACAAUCUGUGCGAGGGUUUAUACAGGCUACCUUUAGGUAUCCAAGGUUCUUCUUCCAACGUCUCCAGUGUACCAACCUCAAGCUGGCAGUGUCUCCACAACAGAACGCCCAGAUGGAACCUAUCCUCGUCCACCAUGACACAUUCCUCACACUCAAGGUGGAAGGUAUCGUCCAGCAUGGCAAACGACGUGAGUUAUACCGCAGUGUGGGUCAGGUUCGACUGACCGUAACCACGACACUUGUCAACAGAAAUCAGAUCGUCACAGACACCAAGAGUAACGACGCCCUGACGACUAACACGUUGAGCCAGAGCGUGUCGCCACACAAUGACUACUUCAGUGUGAGCUUCCUGUUGGCGUUUCCUAUUAGUGGGGUACAUUCUGUGUCUAUAGAGGCGGCUGUGGAAGACCAAGAUGGAGGACUCUGGUGUACGGGUCCGAAGGUCUGCAUCACGGUCAAGUCAUACGACGAUGCUAUGCUGAAGAAACCCAAGUCUUCAUCUGUAAGGACAUCAUUCGGACAGAUGCCAGGUCACUCAUGAUCUGACGAGUUAACUUUGACUUAUGAUGAAUCCAGAUGUGUUCAUGUUGAAAAUGUUAGAGAAAAGUGCUUUCUACUUGAAGAGAUUUAGUACAGAACGGAUAAGAUCUUGUUGAAAACAUGAUCAACAGAAGGCACCAAGCCAUAAAAACAACAAAACUGAAUCAUGUUGUAAAAUUAUGAAUGAGAGAGCUUCAAACUUCAUGUCUACUAUGACUAUUGUAACUAAUUAUCAGAUUCCUAGGGAAGGCUGCAUCAGAUGUUUAUAAAACUUGUGGUAAGGUGUUUACUGUAUUAAAUCUUUUUAAGUUAUAAAUGAUUUACACAUUAAUGUUCAUUUUGCUAUAAAAGGAUUUGAUUUCGAAUCUAGUUGGCACCCAUCACCUGGUAGUAAGAUCGAGCAGUUGCUGAAAUCUGGACUUAACUUGGCACCCUUUACAAAAGACAGCGAUCAUGGAUAUUGAUUUGAUCAAUUCGAAAAUGUUUUUCAAUUAUCCAUGAGAAAUAAAGAACAUUUGUUACAUAAAAUAUUACAUUACUUUGUGUUUGUGGAUUGCACUAUACGCAAUCUAAUUGCUGAUUGUGCUAUUUCGGGCAGAAUCUCAUUACUAUUUGCUCGAGACUGAUAUUUUGAUAAUUAAGUGCUAACACUUCAUAAAACGUGACAUUGU